UCUCAUUGAUGUAACAUGAAGAAGCUGCGUCUCCGGAUACCAACCAUCGUAGACUUGCAAGAAAUAAUCUAUUUACAAAAUCUAUUAAUUUCUCUCUUUUUUUGCGUGUUAUUUUUUUUAUUUGUUUAGUUUUCCGAUGAGAAUCGAGGAUGCCACACUGCUGCAUGACAACUGUGCCUACUUGGCAGAAGGUUGUGUCUUGCACCUGUUCCCUUCACCCCCUCCGGAUUCAUGCUAUCAAAUGGAAAUGGGAGCUUGUCCUCAAUAAAGCGGGGGGAAAAUUAAGACGCUGAAGAUGAAAAAAGUUAUGAUUUCUGACUCCAGGAGACAUCACAAUAAGUUCUUUACAUAUAAAUUGAAUUAAUUCCGCGUAAAAAAGAAUUGCAAACCACUUACCAGUGGAAGGCCAUUGCGCGGUCCCUUCUAAUAGGUCAUCAUGAUACACACAUCGAAGUAAACCGAAACUCAAUACUAUUAAAAAGCAACCAACGCGUCCUUUGCGGUUCUAACUCAAGGGUGACAAUACUGCCAUUCAUUUUCAUGUUUCAAUUUUCAUAUAAAUAUGUGAACGCAAAAGAAACGAAAAUAUUCUCAUUCUAAGCAUUGACAGAAAUAGUGUUCCACGCAUAUAGCUUUAGAAUGUUUCGAUUUAUUCAACUACUGCUUGUCGCAAGUAUGUUCUUUGCAACCUUACUUGGAGAAACUAACUCAUUCACUUUAGAACGAGUGAGUGUGGGAGAUGACCACGACCAUCACGAUUCUUGUGAGACUCAUGUCGAUUCCAGUUAUCGCACUGUAGAUGAUAUGGACUACGAAGACUCAUUGGAAGUAGAGAACGCCCAAGUAAAUAGGCAGAUUCAAGGCACAUCGGAAGAAAAUCGAUUAGUUAAACGAAACUCCUUCCAUGUACCCGGACAAAGAAGGAUCUCGUUUAACCGUCAUGCUCAGCAUAAAUUCGAGUCCGUGGAAGACGAUGACGAGAUGCUGUUCCAGCAUCCCAGGACGCCAACUGCUAGUCGCCAAAGUAAUCAUCAGUUGUGGGAUGAUAGUGAUGAGCAGCAAUCUUGGGAAGUGAAUGACCAUUCGUUGAAACAUUUGUUUGGAAUUCGUUGGGAUUCUGCCAAGAAUAAGAAGUCCACUCACCGUUCAUCAGUCGAGGACUCGAUGGAAGAUUUGCUUCGUCAACAACACGAAAGGAAUUUACCUCGUAUGGGAAGCAAACGUCGUUCUGACAUUGGAUUUUAGAAUUCUCCUGUAGACCCUGUAAUUUAAGAUAAUGAUAUAUUUCCUAUUUAACCAACUACUUCUUGGACAAUCAUUUAGUAUUCUGACCUUUUAACCCAAACUUCUCUUACUGACUGUUUUUUUUGUUUGUUUGCCAUUUCGCAAUAAAACUUUGAGUAUUGCAAUAA